CAGACCGUGGGCGCGGGCUCCGGUCCCAGGGUUCUGGGAACACCAUUUGGAACCCCGAGCUCCUGGGGCCCUUUGGCAGCUGGGGCCUGGAAGCAGCGGAACCAAAGGCAGACGGUCCUCUGUUGCUGGGGCGGACGUGGGCCCAAUCUGUCCGUUCUCGCAAGUUUCCCCCAGGGCUGGGACUUGUGCGGGCGGCAAAUUCAGGUUCUCUGUCACCGUUGUGGUCGUCGCAGGCCCGAGUUAAGAGGCCAACUGAGAAAUCUUCGUGCCUCAGAUUUGUUGAUCUACAGAAUGCUUCAAUACCCAUAUUUUUGUAGAAUCUAUAAAAAAUUUCUUUCGUGCUGGUUGGAAUCUGGCAUAUUUAAUUUGGGUGUCUGGCCAAAAAAAAUACAUGCUACAGCAGAAAGAUAUAAUGAAUAUGAAGCCCAGGAGCAAACAGAUCAAACUGGAGCUCAGGAGUUACAAGACAGAGAUUCUGAAGCGAUGACUAAAUUACAUAUUCCAGUGAUGGUGGAUGAAGUUGUUCGUUGUUUGGCACCACAAAAAGGGCAGUUUUUUCUAGAUAUGACAUUUGGUUCAGGAGGACACACGAGAGCCAUUCUACAGAAGGAGUCAGAUAUUACUCUGUAUGCCUUAGACAGAGACCCAACAGCUUAUGCAAUAGCUGAACAGCUUUCAGAAUUGUACCCUAAACAGAUCCGAGCCAUCCUGAGCCAGUUCAGCCAGGCAGAAGCCUUACUAAUGAAAGCUGGAGUGCAGCCAGGGACUUUGGAUGGAGUUCUUUUGGAUCUUGGGUGUUCCUCCAUGCAACUUGAUGCCCCUGAAAGAGGUUUUUCCCUUCGGAAGGAUGGCCCCUUGGACAUGAGAAUGGAUGGUUGCAGGUACCCUGACAUGCCCACCGCAGCUGAUGUUGUGAACGCUUUAGAUCAACAGGCACUUGCAUCCAUCCUGAGAACAUACGGGGAGGAGAAGCACGCCAAGAAAAUCGCUUCAGCAAUCGUUCAGGCACGCAGCAUCUACCCCAUCACCAGAACCCAGCAGCUUGCCAGCAUUGUUGCAGGUGCAUUUCCUCCCUCUGCUACUUAUGCACGAAAAGACUUGCUACAACGAUCUACCCAUAUCGCUACCAAGACUUUCCAAGCUGUUCGCAUAUUUGUGAACAAUGAGCUCAAUGAACUUUACACAGGACUGAAGACAGCUCAGAAGUUUCUGAGACCUGGUGGUCGCCUUGUUGCCCUCUCCUUCCAUUCACUGGAGGAUCGCAUCAUCAAACGAUUCCUGCUUGGGAUAAGCAUGACAGAAAGGUUUAACCUAAGUGCUAGACAGAGGGUGAUACAAAAAUCACAGUUGGGUUCAGAUCAUGAAAACAUGGAAGGAGUCUCUAUAGGAAGGGCCCCUUUAAUGUGGAAAGUGAUGCAUAAGAAGGUACUUACUCCGGAAGAUCAAGAUGUACAAGAUAACCCCAGAGGACGCUCAGCCAAGCUUAGAGCAGCUAUCAAAUUAUGAGAAAGUUAUCAUCAUCUGAUUCUUCAAGUUCUUCCUCACGGUUUCUCGUGUAAUAUUCCUGAACAGCCGCAUAUAAGAAAGUGUGGGCUAUAUAGAGAUAUGUACUAUAUAUGUGUGGAAAUAAGGGGUAUUUAGCAUUUUUUUCUCAAAAAGAAAAUGUAGGAAAUAUUAGCAUGACACAGAUAGCUCAAUUCAAGAUGCAGCAGUGUCUCAAAACUGGAAAAAUUGUUUAUCUUAGCAUUAUAUUUGACUUUUGAAAUGCAGUCCUUUCUCUAACCAGGAAUUUUUUUUAAAAAGAAGAAGAAGGAGAAGAGAAGAAUAUGUGUAUUUACUUAACUAUGUAAAUUCAAGCUGUCAAAAGAGAGAUUAUAAUUAUAUCUGCAUGCCCAAAUUCUGAAUUUAGAUAUUCAGAUUUGCAACAGACUGUCUAUAACUCAAAUAAUUAAUAAUGAUCAUAAAAUGAAUUUUAAUUUUCCUACUUGGGAAUAAUUAAUUACUACUAUA